GUCGCGCAGGCGGCGGCGAGUGGUGCCGGCGCGGGAGCACAAAACCGUCGGGGCGGGAGCGGCGGCUGCGCGCACGGGAAGGAAAGAUGGGGGGGUGUCGAGGCAGAUCAGCCGGCGCGGAGGGGAUGGGUGGCGGGGGAGAGGCCCCGGGCAGGGCCGAAGCCGGUGCCUGGGAAAAGCCCGGCCCGCAGCUCUCGCUCCCCCAGAGGGAAAGCGGCAGCAGCGGCCGCGAAGCGAGGAGCCAGCGGGGCGCAGACCGAGCGGCGCUGUCCCGCUCCGGUGGGGAGGCGCUGCUAGACGCCGGGGUAGGACCUGUGUCCGCGCCGAGUCUCGGCGGGACCGUCCUCAUCACUCGGGACAGAGCCGCUGCGCCGCCCGUGAAGCGGGUGCAGACCUGAUGGCUCUGACGACGUCGCUGUGUCGCAGCCUCACGUCGUUAGGGAUGGGCGAAGCGAGGUGACAGUGGCAUUUUGGAGCGACUUGUGAGCUGGCGGAGGCGCGUUCGUGUCACCUGCACUCACUUUCUGGAGCUUCGGGAUGGGCUGGGGGAGCAGUAGUAGGUGGUGCGGUUGUCAGGAGGGUUUGAUGCGUGACUGUGCAGAGAGGAGCUGUUAAUACUGGCUCAGCAGUCUUGGAAAGAUUGUGGCAAGAGCUACAGUGCAGGAGACAGGAUCUUAAGCAUUUCUGUGGAGAGAGCAGAGAGCUGGUUGUAGGAAUCUGUGUGUACGUUCUAGACAUGCAUGAAAAAAGGUGAAUGCAGUGAGGUGGCCUAAGGUGCUGCAAUACCAAAGAGUUGUCUUGCUUAGCAGUAUGCCUCAAUUAAGAAGAGAUUUCAGCAGAAGAGACAGGUUCAUCAGUGACUGCCAGCUGGUGCAUGCUGAAGUCACAAAAUUGAAAAUGGAACUGAAGCUUCCUCUUUAAAAGGUGCAGUGCUGUGAGAACUCUUAUUGACCAUUGAAAAAUGGACGUGUUGCAGGUACUGCGUAAAACCACAGAGCACUUAGAGUGUGAUCACUGCAGCUUCAAAGGAACGGACUAUGAAAGCAUACAGAUUCAUAUGGGUACCAUACACCCAGAGUAUUGUGAUGAAAUGGAUGCUGCUGGUUUGGGUAAACUUAUAUUUUAUCAAAAAAGUGCAAAGUUGUUUCACUGCCACAAAUGCUUCUUCACCAGUAAGAUGUAUUGCAAUGUAUAUUAUCACAUCACAGCACAGCAUGCAGCACCUGAGAAGUGGAAUAAAGAACGGAAAGAACAGGUAGAAGGAGAUGCAGAUUCCUCCAAAAACAGUGUCACAGUGGAGGCACAGAAACCUACCCUUUCCCCUGAGUCACGCAAACCUGCCUCUUCUCCCGAACAACCCAAAUCUGAACCUGUUGUUUCCCCCAAGCUUCAGAAAUCGUCAGUGUCUCCAGAGCCGCAGAAGUCAGCUCAGGCAACUUCCUCAGAGCCAGAGAAGUCAGCCCACACCGUGUCCCCGGACCCAGAAAAGUCAGCGGAGGCCACAUCUCCAGAUGCAGAGAAGUCAGCCUCAGCUCUAUCCCCAGACUCAGAGAAACCAUCUCCUGCAUUGUCCCCUGACCCACAGAAGCCAUCUCCUGCAGUGUCCCCUGACCCACAGAAGCUAUCUCCUGCAGUGUCCCCUGACCCACAGAAGCCUGCGCCGGCUUUGUCUCCAGAGCCUCGUCGUCAUUCCCCAGCUGUGUCUCCAGAGCCUCGUCGUCAUUCCCCAGCAAUAUCUCCGGAGCCCCGUCGGCAUUCCCCCGCUGUAUCUCCAGAGCCCCGUCGCCAUUCUCCCGCUGUGUCUCCAGAGCCGCGCAGAUACUCGCCAGCUGUGUCACCAGAGCCAAAGAAACCUACUCCAGCAGUAUCCCCUGAACCACGACGGUAUACCCCAGCUGGGUCUCCUGAGCCCAGGAGACAUCCUUCUCAAAUGCGUAGGCCUGCUUCUGCUGCUUCUCCUGAAAGCAGGAGGCCUGCUCCUGCAGUUUCACCAGAGUCGUGGAGACCUGGUCCAACUGUUUCCCCUGAGCCCUGGAGGUCAACGCCUCACGAGGUGCAGAAGUCUUCCACGGUUUCUCCCUGGGCUCCAAAGUCUGCCAUGUCAGCGUCUGUAGAAUCCCGGAGGUCUGCCCCCGAGUCCCGAAGGCCUGGCCCAGUUGUGUCACCAGAACCUAGGAGGCUUGUUUCUGACUCGUGGAAAUCUACGUCCUUUUCCGAAUCCCAGAAGUCUACUCUUGUUUCUUCUGAGCCGUGGAAACCCAUCUCAUCCGUUUACCCUGAAGGCUGGAAACCUGUUGUGUCCCCUGACACAUGGAAGCAUUCUCCCCCUGUUUCUCCCGAGCUUCGAAAGUCUAGUCACUCUAUUUCCUCUGACUCUUGGAAGACUUCUUUCUUUCCUGAGGUCCGUAAGCCUGGUGCUUCGGUAUCUCCUGAAUCUUGGAAACUCUCUGAGUCCCGGAAAUCUAUGUAUUUUUCUGAAACUCAGAAAUCCACCUCUGCUGCUUCAUCUGAGGUUCAGAAACGGGCUCAUUUCCCAGAACCUCGGAAAAGAGCUCUGUUCCCAGAGUCUCGUAAAUCUAAUCCUCCUGUUUCUACUGAUGUCCAGAAACGUGCUGUCUUUUCUGAGCCCCAGAAUCAGGUGCCUACUUCUGCUGUUUCUACUGAAGGCCAAAAACACGCCUUAUGUUCUGAAACCCAGAAAUCAGCUCUUGCUUCUUCUGAAGUCCAAAAGCACACCCUGUUCUCAGAAGCCCAGAAACUCGCUCCCAUUUCCUCUGAAGUUCAGGAGCCUACUUCCUUUACAGAGUCUCAGAAAUCUCUUUCUCCUGAAAUUCAGAAACAUGGCCUCUUUACUGAGAGCCAGAAACCUGCUCCUUCUGUUUCUCCUGAGACCCCCAAACAAGCUGUUUUUACUGACUCCCAGAAAUCUGCUGUUUCCCCUGAGGUUCAAAAGCAUGCUGUAUUUUCUGAGAUGCAGAAGCCUGCUGCUGCUUUAUCCUCUGAUGUCCAGAGACAUGCUGAAACUACUGUACCUUCUGAAAUCCAGAAGAGCAUCCUGUUCUCCGAGCCUCAGAAAUCUGCUUCUGGUUUUUCCUCCGAGUCCCAGACACCUAGUGAGUCUGGUGAGAGUGACUUUCUUUCUCACAGUUUAGAUGAUCAGAAACCUCUGGAUGAUUUGUUCUCACAGGAUGAACAAUCAAUAUUAGCCAAAGAAUCUCCAGAAGAUGUGUUGUAUUCAUGUCCCAAAAAGAAGCCCAAGAAGGAAAACCAGGAGAACUCAGAUUCUGAACUAAAUAGCAGCGAGUGUGGAAAAGCAGAGAUGGACUCGAUGGACAUAAAGGAGCAAGAAUCCAACAGUGACCAAGAGCAGUAUGACAUGGAGUCAUCUGAUUAUGGCAAAGAGAGCAAAAUAGAUGCAACUCCUCCCAUGCAGCCACAGUGUGUGCUGCAGUUUACUGAAGAGAAAGAGGCUUUCAUCUCCGAGGAAGAAAUAGCAAAAUACAUGAAGCGUGGCAAGGGAAAGUAUUAUUGCAAGAUUUGUUGCUGUCGUGCAAUGAAAAAAGGCGCCGUCUUGCACCAUUUAGUUAACAAGCAUAAUGUUCAAAGCCCCUACAAAUGUAAAAUAUGUGGCAAAGCUUUUCUCUUGGAGUCUCUCCUCAAAAACCAUGUUGCUGCUCAUGGUCAAAGUUUGUUGAAGUGUCCACGUUGUAAUUUUGAAUCUAAUUUUCCCCGAGGCUUUAAGAAACAUUUAACCCAUUGCCAAAGUCGUCAUAGCGAUGAUACACCUAAAAAACACUUGGACAGCCUUGAGCCACUUGAAGAACAAAUUUAAUCUGUUUUUUUUUCCCUUGUGCUAGAAGGGAAAUUGUGCUGAAUUUACAGAAGUGUUCAAAAGUGUUGUUGUAUGUUAACUGAGUAGUUUAGCUGUUCUGACAAGUCAGAAGAUGCAUGGUUUAUUGUACUGUUUCUUGUCUUAUAGCUGUAUUACUGAAAUGAUUUACUUCGGAAAGUAAUUUUAAAUACGUGUUCAUGUCUUUGUAUUACCCAUCAGUAGAGUCAUAUUUUAUUUUUCAGAUGUACUAUGUUUUUGAAACCAAAAUGGAUACAAAUUAGUUUUGUAAAGAUUUGUAAAACAUACAGGCAGUUAAGGACUGGAGUGGCAAGCAAUCCAUAUAUUCCUGUGAAGACUGAACUUGUUUUUUCACAUUUGUUAAAUGUUGUAUUUUUCAAAAUGUUUUUAAUCAAAUUGUCAAGAUUGAAAUUCUUACCAAACUGAAUGUGAAUGAGCCAGGCAUGAGAAACCAUCACUCCUUCUGGAAUAAUUCUCCUCUGAGGUUGUAAUUGAGUGUAAUUUUUUUUUGGAAAUUUAUUGCACUCAAUUCUCUGACUUACUUGUCUCAGAUUUAGAAGCAUCAAGGUACUUAGUUUGUGAUUAUGUAUUUUGGCCAUGUUUUAAGCAUGUACUAAUAUACCUUAAAUUGAUGGAUUAACGUCAGACUGUGUAUAGCUCAACAGUUUCUCUUGAUGAUUCAGAUGUUUGUAAUGUCAGAACCCCCUAAAUUUCUUGUAUUUGGUGAAAUGUUAUGCUUUAAUGUUUUAACAAUAAAAAGAAACACAACCUGG